AAUCAAUAAUGUCACACUCAAUUUUAGACUUAAGACAAAAUCAGAUAAUAUUUCAUGCAGCAUUUCUUGAUGGCAUUCGCGGUGUAGCGGCUUUAGGCGUCAUAUAUGAACAUUCACAAAGAUUUUACAAUCAGAC